AUGCAGUUCAUCCUAUCUGGUGAGAAGCUCAACACAUGGAUACAAAUUAACAUUGGAUGGGGUUUGGCAAUCACAUUCUGUGUUUACUCCUGCAGCAAAACUUCAGGGGGUCAUUUCAAUCCUGCGGUCUCUUUUGCCAUGUUUACACUUGGAAGGCUUUCUGCUAAGGAUCUUGUCAUCUACUGUGUGGUUCAAACAAUCGGCGCAUUCAUAGGUGCCAUUGGUGCGUUCGGAAUAUAUUAUGAUCAGUUUGUGAAGUAUGCUGGCGAUGUUCGCACAAUCGUAGGACCGCACGCAACAGCCGCCUGCUUUUGCUCUUUCCCGGCCUCCCACCUCAGUAAUCUCACCUGCUUCUUUGAUCAGGUUCGUUUAACUAAACUUUCGAUCAGAUCUAGUUUUAGCCUGCCCAAAACGUAG